UUGUGUGUGACAAGGAACGGUGUCCAUGGAGGGUUUGUGCAAGAAAGCAAAAUAUCACCGGGAAGUGGAAGAUCACAAAAGUUGUCAGUCCACACAAUUGUGCUGACCAUGAGCUUACAGUGAGACAUCCGCAGCUAACAUCUACCCUCAUUGCGAAGCGGUUGAUGGGAAUAUUGAAGGAACAACCCAACAUGAAAGUGAGAACAAUUAUAAGAACUGUUGAGGAGAUUUAUGGAGGAUAUGUGAUAACUUAUGGUAAAGCUUGGAGGGCUAAGCAGCGAGCGUGGAGGAUGAUUUAUGAGGAUUGGGAGUCUGGGUACGAGCAGCUGCCAGUGCUUUUUAAUGCAAUUAAAGCGGUGAAUCCAGGCAUGCAUUAUGAGUACAUCCCAAAGCCAAAUGCUUGGAAGGACGGGAGGCAGAUAUUCGGGCGUGCGUUCUGGUGCUUCCCUCAGUCUGUGGAAGCCUUUAGGCACUGUCGUCCUGUUUUCUCUAUUGAUGGUAUGUUUUUGAUUGGCAAAUAUAGAGGCACACUUCUUAUAGCCAUAUCUUGUGACGCGAACAAUAUGUUGGUUGCUUUGGCAUUUGCAUUGGUUGAGAGGGAGAACAAUGAUAGUUGGGGGUAGUUCUUAAGACUAGUCCGGAUACAUGUGGUUGGUCCUGGUAGGGAUGUUGGCGUCAUAUCCGAUAGGCAUCAAGGCAUACUUCAUGCUGUGCAAGAACAGAUAGAGGGUUAUGCACCUUUGCAUCAUCGUUGGUGCACUCGGCACCUUGCGGAGAACCUUCUUCGGAAGGAUGGUGUGAAGGAUAAUUUUGAUCUGUUUCAAGUUGCAGCACGUCAGCUUGAGGACUAUUACUUUCAGCGCAAAUUGGAGCAGGUAAGGACCGCAACAAAUGCAGAAGGUCGACAAUGGCUCGCUGGUUUGAUGAGAGAUUUAGAUAAGUGGACUAGAUCUCACGACGCCGGUGGUUGGAGGUACGAGUUUCAGUGCAGUAACAUGGCCGAGUCAUUCAAUAAGUUGUUAUUGGGGAUACGUGGUAUGCCUGUGAACGCAAUUGUUGAAUUCAUCUUCUACAGGCUUGUUGCGUGGUUCAAUGAAAGACACGCAAAAGCAGAAGCGUUGCAGAUUGCUGGGGAGAGAUGGGCUGAAAAACCAAAGAGACAUCUCAUCAUUGCAAAUGAAAGGGCUUCCACACAUGAGGUGCAAUGUUUUGAUCUCGGCUCAGGGACUUAUCAGGUGGAGCAUAGGGGCGGUACAACGUCCGACGGUGAGAUCCGAGAGUCGAGGAUACAUGUGGUAGUUCUCCGAGAUUUCAAGUGCACUUGUGGUAGGCCAAGGCAGUACCACUUUGUAUGUUCUCAUUUGGUGGCAGCAGCUAGGCAUCGCAAUUUUGAUAUCGAGAGCAUGAUACCACAUGAGUUCAGCGUAGGCACCCUUGUGCGGACAUGGAGCCCCCGCUUCGUGCCUUUCCGGGAUCCUAGAGAGUGGCCUCCGUAUGAUGGGCCAAAAUAUGUUGCGGAUCCUGCAUACCGUUGGAACAAACGUGGAAUAAGGAAGCGGACGAGGCAAAACAUGACUAUGGAUCAGGUAUCCGGAAGAACGAGGCGUGGUAGAGCAACACCAUUUCUUGCUGAUCCAGAACAGAACGAGUGCGGCAAGUGCGGCAGAUUGGGUCAUAAUUCACGCACUUGCCGUUGGCAAAUUAGUGAGGAUGGCGCACUUCCACCUUCUAGACCAGGCGUACGACCAGACCCACUGAGGUCGUCUCAUAGCGGGAGGGCAAGUCCUUCCGCUCCUUCGUUCUAGAGCCCAUGAUGGGUUUUUGGCGCUGCAGUACGACGACCGCUACACUCCUUUGCUACAGAUGGCUGGUCUAGAUGUCAUCUCGUAUCAGGUUCGUCGUGGGAUGCCCAAGUUCAAUUCAGCGGCUAUAACUGCGUUGGUUGACAGGUGGCGACCCGAGACUCACAGCUUUCACCUCCCGUUCGGAGAGAUGACAGUGACCCUACAGGACUGUUAGAAGAUGCUGGGUCUGUCGAUUCGGGGCCAGCCAGUCACUGGGCCGUGCGUCUCAGAUGGUUGGAGAGCACGAGUCGCAGCCUUCCUGGGGCGAGAGGUUGAGGAGCAGGGGACUCGCACAUCUGGAGUGCUAAUCUCUUGGCUGCGGGAACACUUCGGCCAGUGCCCCCAGGACGCGGAUGCUGAGACAGUUGGACACUACUGCAGGGCGUGGAUACUACACCUCUUUGCCUGCGUUCUUUUCCCAGACGCUACAGGUGACACUGCGUCUUGGAUGUGGAUCCACUGCCUCACUGACUGGCACCAGGCUGGUUUUUACAGCUGGGGAUCAGCUGUAUUGUGCUUUCUAUACCGGCAGUUGUGCGAGGCAUGCCGUCGGACUUCGGGCUCCCCGUCAGUUGGUGGGUGUGUCUACCUGUUGCAAUUAUGGAUGUGGUCCCGUCUUCCUGUUCGUCGGCCCGAGAUUAUGCCGCGUCGACCGUGGUUCCCAGGUGAGCCGCCGAGACGACAGCCGACAUGGGCAUAUAUUUGGGAUCAGGUUAAGGUUAGCCAUACGAGGUUGGACCGCGCGUACCUGGAUUACAUCAACGAGAUAGACGCGCUCACUGCUCAUAGUCCUUACGACGGAGACGAUCCACUUCCUUUUCCCCUUAGCUUCAUGUGUGCGACGGACGAUGAUAUUUAUAGGAUGGUGUGCCCUCUUAUUUGCUUCUAUGCUGUCAAGUACCACCUGCCACAUCGAGUAGCACGUCAAUUUGGGAUGAGGCAGAUUUGGCCACCACAGGCGACCUCGACUAGUAUAGAGUUACACAACGUGGAUCGAAAGAAGAAACGGAAGGUCUCCGAGUGGGCCGCGUUCCACCACGCAUACAUUCAGGAAUGGGAGCAGUUCGAGCAGAACUUGGACAAGAACAACGAGCCGCACACAAACAGUGCGUACAGGCAAUACCAGAGCUGGUACCAAGGUGCGACGCGGCACAGGCUGAGGGAAGCGUGGACGGAAGAUGACUACGCCGAUAUCCACUCAUCCGACGAUGAAGACACGGUGUACGAUCAGAGUACUCGUGCUGGAAGGCAGGUGGAGGCAGGACCAAUCUUGGAUAGGAUGGGGCGUACCCUACAAAGCUCGGUUAGAGAUAUAGAGCAUAUCCGUCCACGAGUUAGGGACCCCGAGAUACGGAGCGUCCUAGAGCGAUUGUCAAAUCGGCUUCGCAGUGCCGCUGCUCGUUGUGGUUGCAGGACUGCCACGACGCGAGACGUGCACGUUCCAUCCCUGCGUGAAGGAGGCGUCGGUACGUCCAGCCAAGGCCCCUCAGGUUCGAAAUCAAUUGCAUCCGAGGAAGUCGACGACGACGACGAUGACGACGACGAUGAGCAGAGGGCCGAGGAGAUUGGCCCGUCUCAGCUCCAGGAGGCUCCCUUGACUCAACCUACACAGGUUGUAGGGGGCACUAGACUACGUCGUCCACGUUCUCCUUACACUCCAGGCACCGACGCCCUUGGUCACAAGGGUAAGGGUAAGACUAGGAGGCAGUGACGAUUCUGAUUGCGAACUUUGUAUCAUAUGGACUAUUUGUAUAUAUAUGGACUUUCAUUCUGAACUAUUGUGGAUUCUAUUCUGAAUGUGUCAUAUGCUUGUGUCA